AUGGAUGGCAUGUGGCAUACGGUAAAAGAAUACUUUACAGGGUCCAACAACCCUCUGCAAUUUUGCAGCCAUCUCUGUGAGUUGGAUUCAUAUCCAGGCAAGAACAACAAUACAGAAUAUGGCGUGGAACUAGACGAAGACUGCAUGCGCAUAUUCUCCGCCCUCGGCGACGUCUCUCGCCCCCCAUGUACGUGCAACGAGACACGACCGCUAUGCGACCACAUUGAUGCGUACAUAAAAAACCAUCCUGAACACCACUCUAAAGACUACACCAUCCACACCGACAAAGGCGACACCUGCGUCGAAGAAGUAUGUCGAUACGUCAUGCGUGACGUGCUCCAAUGGUGGGCCCAUUGGAACGGAUUUAUAGAAGGCCAUCGCUGGAAGCAUUUGUACAUCGCAUUUGUGGCCAUCGUCGACGAAAUAGCGAUCCCUCCGCAAGAUGUAGCAGAUGGUUCUUUCCGCUUACUGGGAAACUCUUUAGCGGAUGUUCUCGAAGGGCUGCGCUUGGAAGGUGUUCAUCCGGACGAUAUCAAACUACUGGAGAUGUACCUGUGGCGACAGUGUAUCAUUCAAUAUCUCGAAAAAGUCGACCCGGCCAUCCGCCAGAUCUUGAUAGGAAAAGCUACCCUCAUGACUCUAUGGAGGGUGUUGACCGCAGGGACUCAUGGUGUGGCUGUAUGUAUUCUCACCAGUAAGGGUAUUCGACCACAAGGGCAAACAGAUCAUGCACUUGAAAUGGCUAGCGCAUGCGAUGCAAUUUCCAUGGAUAUGGGAAAGGAAGCUCUGGGUAUAUUGCAAGAUGAACCGACAGAGACUGUUGCAGGCAAAGAUCGCGAGAUGCUCAAGCGUGAGCUACGCUGGGUUUAUUUACGGGCUCUGGGGUCCCUCGAUCAGGACCCUAGAGGCGCGGUGCUACGACGAUUUGCAACGUCGGGAUGGCAUUAUGUACUUCUGAAUGAUCGCUAUCGGGAACGUGUUGCGCAUGUCCGGUUUCCAAUGUCGCCGUAUUUACGCUGCCGGAUUGCUGCUUAUUAUAAGAGUGGGUGGUAUAGUUAA